AAUGACAAAACUCCGGUUUCGCCUAAACUGCUUUUGUUUAAAACAAUAAUUAACUUUUCUUGAAAAUUUAUUUUUGUUUUAAUACAAAGCUGAUUAUCUUCAGAAGUAAAACAUGUACAUACUUGUCGAGUUCACCGAACAGAAGGAAAUAUCUGUCGUAUCGAGUAAUUGGGUGUCUGACAACAAUUCAGUUUGGCCUCCAUUCAAAUCAUCAUCAAGAAUGAGAAAGGCGAUCGAGGCAAAAAUGAUACCAGGAGAUGAUUGGGAGGCUUAUCCUGUUAGGGAACUUUAUAGAAAUGAAUCUUACCAAAAGGUCAGAAGUAAGUUGCGAGAGGCUGAAUUACGGUCUGAUUUGGAGACUCCUUGUGAUUCAGAGUCCGAAGAAGAAAGCUUUAGGACGUCAAAAAGAAGGAAGACCAAAAGUUCGCGUUUGAUGUCUUCCUCAGAUGAGGACUCAGCAUCUGAAAAGACAGUGAAGGAGGUAGUAUUUGGGCGUAAUCCGCCCAAACCGACGGGACCACCUAAAGCUCUAGACAUCACACUUCCUGUUCCGCCCUCGUCAAAUGCAAGAGAUGCUUCUUACAAUACAUUACCGCAAGCAACCUUUGCUGCAAAUUCUCUAAUUUCAAGUCGGCCACUGUCUCCUUUUACAUCACCAAGGACAACAACAUCAACAUCAACACCACCUGAUGACCGCCAAAGUAGCUUUCGUGGGUUGAGAGAUGUCAAUCAUGUGAGAGAUGCCAGACUUUUCAUGCUAUUGGAGCAGAUCAAAAAAGAGCAGGCAGAUCAGAGGGAAAUGUUGGGGACAAUUCUUCAUCAUUUACAGAAAAUGCCUGUGUCUGAAAAUUCCAGCACAGAAAGUAGUUCUCUUCCUGAAACCAUCAACUUUCCCAUAGAAUCAAUAGAAGAGUUGGACGAACUGGAGAAGGAGCUGGCUGUAGCCAGUGUCGAAGCUAGUGUGGUCUACAAUUUUUCUCUUUACAGCGGGAAAAAUACUGCAGACACAGUAAGGAGAAUUUUAAAACGAACGAUGAAGAGCCAACUGGCUGAAAAAUUUAAUUGGUAUGGUAAAAAAGGAAAAAAGGAAUUUGGAAAGCUGAAAUUGGCAGCAGUAAUAUAUAAGGCUGUGAAGAAAACUCUUAAAAACGUGACAGAGGCUGAAGUAGAGGGGAUUGUUAGAGAGUGGCUUAGAACAGCCAGUGACAGAGAAGGAGGAAGGAAGAGAAGGCGGGAAGCAACUCAGCAAAUUGUGACAGCAGAACCCGACGUAUAAGAACUAAAUAUAAACAAGAGUGACAGGUGGUUUAUAUUCAUAUCAGGAUGACUAGUAUAGUAUGGUUUUCAGAGUUGAGUACUAUACCUAAUUCCAUUUGAUGAGUUCACAGUUACAAAAACUAUAUAUUUAACUAGGCAGAAGUGCAUGUACAAUAAAAUUCUUUUGAAAACAAAAUGAAAUGAGGCUGCUAUUUUUUAUUUUAUCAUUUUUGUGUAUAUCCUAAGUGCCAAUUACAUUUAUUGUUGCUUUUAUCUUAUUUUUGCAUUGUGAUGAAAUAUGUAUCUCAGUAUUAAGUUGUGUAUUUUUUACAUUUUUUAGCUUCAAUGUACAUGUUUUUACUUUGUUGUAUACUAUAAAAUUGUAUAAGUUACUUCCUGGUUGUGAUAAAUACAUGAAAGAGCCGAAUAUUUCCGGGCAAGGCUUAAAUUUAUAUCAAAAAGGCUAUAUUAUCGGGUUAUUAUAUAUUGUUGAGUACUGAAAUAGAUUGUAUGAGUAUGAUUGUAUGUAAAACCUUCGUUUGACCGGUUGUAAUCCAAGUCUAAUACAAGUUUUGCAGCUGUAUAAGACUCUUGAUUAAAUCCCUUUUGUAGCUCAAAAAUGUAUUCUGACAUCUUUAUUUCACACAAUCAUCUGGAACACAGAUAUGCAUUUGAUACUGAUAUUUUGGAAUCAACAGAAAAACGAGACUUGACUGAGCUCAUAAUAUGCAUUUGAUAUGGGUUAAUUUUGAUUCUUGAAAUGAAAUACAUAGGUUAAAUUGAAAAGACUGCCAUGUAAAGGCAAACUCCUCACAUAUUAAAGAAUUUCAAUUAACAAAUUAAGGCAUCAUUAUUUGAAAUGGGAGAAAAAUUUAAGAUGUCAAUAUAUUUUAUGCCAAAGCAU